AGUCACCCACACCUCGAAUACUCCAUGUCAAGGCUCUUUUGCUCAUGCUCAGCAACGAGUCCUUGUCUUCCUAUCACGAGCACCGUGCGUCAGCGCUGUCUGUGUCAGGCUGUGUGCACAACAUUCCGGCUGCGCCUAUCAUCGACGCGAAAGCCGUCGACCUCAAAAGAGUCCCUCGAGAGAAGUGAUUCGAGCUCUCACUGACGACUUUGAUCCACGGCACCGCUUCCCGACCUCUGAUCGCUAUUACUCCUUCCCGCUGCCGGGAUGCACCAGGCACUUAAAAGGCCCCUCUCAGCUCUGGAUGGCAGUUCUUCUGAAGAUGCGACCUCGACAAAGCGACCUACCUUAACAUCGAAGCACUCCUCAAAUGGCGUGGCCGACAUUCCUCUGGCAACGGAUGCCGAAGAGGACGAGCCCGCGUAUAAAGGCCUCGAAGCAUUUCGCAAAGAAGCGAUAUACAGGAGGCUGCUAGAAGCUCGUCGCGACUUGGGAAGAGCUGAGCAGCGCGCGGCCAGCCUUACUCAAUCGUGGGAGCAUAGUCAGCGCAUCGCUCAAGACUGGCAGCUGCUUUGGACUCUGCUUGUGGAGGAUUUGACAAAGUUCCAACCCAGUGCAGAGGAAUGGGGGCCAGAACGAGAAGUACUGCUCCCGCCGACCGAUCACAAUCAGCUGGCACCGGUGCAAGUGCGGUGUGAUGCCGUUCACAGCGUCCUCAAGCGCAUCGCUGCCCGUGACCCUCAAAACGGAAUUGAGGCUGCUUCGAUAUCGUCACGAGCUGAUGCUUUGGCCGCGGAGAGCGCUCAGCUCAGAGUUCAAUUGACUAGCGCGCUUUUGGAAGGAAAGAGACUCUCUACCCAGCUUUCCGAGCUUCAGCUGUCUCUCCAGAGAGCUGAGAAGCGGGCAGACAGACUUGCAAGCCUGACUGUGCGCAGAGUCGAGCGUCCUAAUUGGGAAGAGGAGGAGCGCAGGCGACAAGCCGCUGAGGAUGCGCAAGCCAGGGCUGAAGCUGAUCGCGUGGCCGCGGAGGCUCAGCAUCAUCAAGACAACCAGGUGGUGCCGAACGGCUUGCCUGGCGUCAUCUCUCAACACGAGCUUGACGCUGAGCGCGAAGCUCACUCUGCAGAGGUGUCAGAGGCCCUUGCUGAGGCUAUGAUGAGACUUGACGAAGCUGACAAACUGCGCACGGAGCUGACUUCGACACGCGAGACUGCAGAAGAGCUGCGAGCAGAACUGGAACGAGUGCCUGAUGAGCGUGUACUGGCCAGCGUUCUGUACAGGGACCUUCACUCUCACUUCACCACUGCCAGUGAAGAAGCCGAGCGGCUGGGCAAGUCGCUGGCUACAGUCGAGGCCGAAAACCUCACGCUUCGCGAGCAAUUAUUAGAUCAAAGCACUUCUUCCAAUGACGCCGCGUCCGCGCAGAUUGACGAACUUCAGACCCUGCUCAAAGGCAACGAAGCUGAUGUGGCUAGGCUUCGUGGACAGCGAGACGAUCUGCAAGCCGAACUCACAGAGCGACGACAACGCGAUGGGGUAAAGUCCUCUCAACAUGAAGAGAUGAAGGAGCUGCUGAACGCGCGUGAAGCCCGGAUCCAGACUUUGCGAUCUGAAGUGCGACGCGUACAUAUGAUCAUCGCCGCUCGUGCUGGCGAUACUGAGGCUUUCCAGAAAGCCAAAGCGCGAGAAGCAUCUGAUGAAGAUGAUGUGGCGCUAAUUGAGGAGCUGCAGGGGCGAUUGAAGGCUGCAGAGCAAACUUCCGCGGAUCUGAGACGACAACUAGAAGCACGCAGCUCCAGCACCACAGAAGAAGAGAUGCUGGUCCGGGCCUCCGCUUUGCAAGGCGAACUUGAUGCGCUGAGGUCGCUGCUAGAUGGGGCCGGCGAUGGUGAUGUAGUGAAGCGCAAGCUCGAAGAGCAGGAGAGAGCUACGACCUCAAUCCGUCUCGAGUUGGACGCAUCAAGCGAAGCCACGAAAGCGCUCUGUGACGAGGUGGACCGACUCAGCGCCGCUUUCGCAGAUGCCGAGAAGUUGGCUGCAAAGAACGUCCACGAUGUCGCCAAGCUGGAAGACAAGAUGCUGCGUCUCACAACCGAGAAGUCGAAAGCAGACAACAAAUACUUCGCUGCAAUGCGCGCCAAAGAUGCGCUCGACAAUGAGCGCAGAACGGCGCUAAGAACGGCUGAGCGACAGACCAAAGCGUUAGAGCGUUAUGCGGAAGCUGAGAAGGUACUGAGCGCUCAAUUGGUGGCAGCUGAGAAAGAAGCUGCUGUGCGCAAACGAGCGAUGGAGGACCAGACUACGAAGCUCAUCGAGGCAGAUAGAGAAGCACGUCUGCUUCGCGUGAGAGAGCAAGAUGCGCUGAAAGCAAAGCAACAUGCUGAGGCACGUCUUGCAGCUCUGUUUCCACAACAAGCUGAGGAUGCCCGCUCAGCUGCGCGUGAGCUCGAGCAGCGACAGCGCUUAGAGAGGCAAUUGGAGAGAGCUCAACGCGAGAAAGCAGAAGCAUUAGCAGCGGCCGCAGCUGCCGCGGCCGCAACUGGCACGAACAGAGGCCGCAGGUCUUCGACAGCGGACACUGGCAUGCAGGUCGACUACCUCAACUCUCUUCUUCGCUGCUCGGCUUGCAACGAUCGCUACAGAAACACAAUCCUUGUCAAAUGCUUGCACACCUUCUGCGAAGAGUGCGUAAAUGCUCGAGUCCAGACAAGACAACGCAAAUGCCCACACUGUGCGGCUGCUUUCGCGACGAGCGACGUCCAACCAUUGUAUUUGCAAUAAAUGGUCGGAGCUUCCUCUUUCGUAUCAGUGAAUUGCGCUUUCGGAACAGCAUUCAAGGCUCGUCUGACGCCUGUGCCUUCACGAGAGGGCGGCACGUCAGUCGACUUCGUCGGGCUUUCGAUCGCUAGCAAUUCUGACAAACGGGCGCCGCAGUUGAUCACAAUUCGAUCCAAACCUUAUUCCUAUGCCGCAUCGCUGGCCUUUACCCCUACAUCUCUUUACGCUCUCGCAAGACUAGACGGCCCCUACGAGGUCCCGUCCGCCGGCCUGUAUGCGCCAGGCUGGAGUUCUUGUUGUAAUUCUAAUAUCAACCCAGGCUUUCACCAGCUUCGCCCGCAAUGAAUAGUCGUUGCAGGUGACUCAACGCCAAGGGCGUCCGAC